CACACAAGCAAUAAAUUCCUCUUCGUCAUCCAUCUGCUUCACUUCCUUCCAACAGCUCACAGGUCACCGCGCAACUGCUUUGAUUGAAGCUGAUACGUACUGCCAACGCAAAAAACUAUAGCGAUCUGAAAAGUAGAGGUCAUCAUGUCGGCGGUCAAAUCUGAUAUCAACAAGUCAACAUGGGAGGAUACCGAUAUUCCAUCCGUGUGCGAGCGGUGUCUGGGACCAAAUCCGUAUACCUUGAUGACGCGAGAACGCCACGGCGAGCAAUGCAAGAUCUGUACCAGACCAUUCACGGUCUUCAGGUGGCGACCUGAAGACGCCGGCGGACGAUACAAGAAGUCGACAAUCUGCAAUACAUGUGCGAGACAGAAAAACUGCUGCCAGAGCUGCAUGCUUGAUUUAUCGUUUGGAUUACCGAUCGCCAUUCGUGACGCCGCUUUGAAGAUGGUGGGUGCGGGAGGUGCUGCGGGCAGUAUGGCUUUGACGACAAGCGAGCCUCAGAACAUAAUAUCGAAGCAGUUUGUCGCGCAGAAUAUCGAAGCACGACUCAAGGAGCAGGGCGACGAAGCAGAGCUGUAUGCUGCGCAAGGACAGGCUGAGGAGGCUGGAAAGAAACUUCUCCAGCAGCUCGCCAACGCGCAGCCGUACAAUGCGUACAGCAAUGUCGAGAAAUAUGCAGACCAGACCAGUCGGCGGAAUAACAAGCACCCGCUUGGAGUAUCAAAGUCAAAAGCAGCCGAUAUCUCAAAAAUUGUGGCGAAGCUUCCUCCAGGACAGCCUCUUACGAACCCCAAGGAUCCUAAGAUUAUGUCUCUCUUCUUGACCGGUGUAGAGGACAGCCUGCCAGAAUACGAGUUGCGCAACUACUUUACGCAGUUCGGCCCCUUAAAGUCUCUGGUGUGUUCUCAUAGAUCUCGCUGUGCGUUUGUCAACUACAAUACACGAGAAGCAGCAGAAAAAGCUGCUGCUGCCACCGGGUCCACUCUGGUGCUCAAAGGAUUCCCAUUACGAGUGACAUGGGGUCGCCCUCGUCCUAUCGGCGACGAAGAACACGGUCUCCAAAACGCCAAACUCGCGGCUGCGAAUAAGCGCAAGAUGUUGGCAGAGGCGCGAGCUGCUAUUGCGAAGGAGAAGGAAGAGAGCGGAUUUAACGGAGAACGUAAGCGGAGGGCGAUCGAAGGGAAACAGACACAUGAUGAGCUCGAUAUCGCACUGCCUCCCGGCCAGGCGAGUGUCACAUACGCCAGCCAGCGAGAGGACUUUGAGGCAUGAGGCGAGAGUUGUGGUAUUAUUGUAUAUUAUGUGUUUUGUUACGUUUGGUUUGCAUGUAUGAUUACUGGGUUACGGUUUGUUCGAAAUGAGAGGUUUAAAAAAGGAAUAUACUCCUUUAAAUAUAAUAAAUGUUUUCAAGAGUGAG